AUGCUUGGUUACUUGGAGAAAGAGAGGAUGGACCUGACGAAGUUGACUUUUUGCAUAGAAGAAAGGAAUGACAUUGAAAACAUACUGGACGUGCUGGAGGCUGACGUCGAGAAGACGAACAUCACGUCUCUAAAACUCAAUGACAUACUCCAACGGCUUAGAAGCCAUACCAGCCUCGAUGAACUAGAUCCUCUUUUCACAGAGCGUGGCGUCUCCAUCUGCUGUCACUACGGCUUCGAUGUAUCCUCGCCGACCACGGGCCGCAUUGCUUUGCGGUGUCUCUGUAACAUCUUGCUUCUGGCCGAGCCGACGAGGCAGAUGUUCGUCAACGAAAAAUAUAUUAAGGAAACCGUGGAGCGGAUGAAGAGCAACCAUCCUGAUGAUGAAUUACUAUCGGCAAGGCUGCUGCUUCUUUGUACAUACGGAACGGAUUUGAAUUUUAAUCCACUUUUUGAGAAGUACAAUAUCGCGGAGAUUACCAACACGCCUCCUAUAUUGUGGCUGAUCAACUCCCUCGUCCGGCUCGACCUCGUGGACACAAAUACUCAAAAUUCCGAACAGGGUCAUUUGUUUCCACAGUUCGAUAGUAACAUCAACAUGGAUCGAUUAGUCCGUGUCCUCGAUCUCGCUACCCGGGCUUACAAUGGUGAGGAAAUGGAUAGACAUGUCUCGCCGCUGGUGCAAGUUCUCGUACCGAUUGCGGAGCUUGCCCCACCCGGUCCGAAAGCACGUUUACGCGCGCUCCUUCUACCAUCCAACCCAGAUCGAGAGAGGGUGCUUGGCACAGGCGACUCCUUACCGGCAAGACUAUUGAGGCUUUCUGCUGCACUAAUGGCACCUAAUCUCAGACAGCUUGUUCCAGCCUUACUCUUUGAGCUGUCCGACAAAGAUGUACAACGGUUCGUGCACAAUCUCAAUGGCCUACGGCUCCCAUCGGGUGCACUAGAUGACGAGGCUGGGGGUGGAAACAGCGACAACGGCACAAAAGCAUGCAUGGAAGCCUUUGAAGUCAAUCCUAUUACAGGCCAGAGACGAGACAUGGAACCGAAGCUUCACAUACCAGAGAUGACUGAUGAAGAGAAGGAGCGUGAGGCAGAGCGACUCUUUGUUCAAUUUGAAAGGUUACGAGCAACUGGUGUUGUAGAUGUUGAGAGCCCGGUAGCUCAAGCCGUGCGUGAAGGUCGAUUUGAGGAAGUCGACUAA